ACGAGCCCCAACUGAGGUCGCACGCCGUGGUGCGUUCUGCGCAUGUUCAGUGUGGUCCCUUGCGGUCACCAGGUUGGGUCAGGCGCCUGCGCCGUAGACGGAGUCAGGGCGGGGGCGCAGCCGCGCUGAAGCCUGGCAGCCGGCGAUGGCGGCCGUGGCGGCGUUAGGGGCUGCGGGCCCAUGAGGCGGCCCAGGCCCCGCGGACUCAGCACAGCGAGGAAGGGGCGGCGGAGGCGCUGCUCGCAUCCAGGCCAUGGCGGGCGUGUUCGACAUUGACCUGGACCAGCCCGAAGACGCGGGUUCGGACGAGGAGUUGGAGGAGGGGGGUCAGUUAAGUGAAAGCAUGGACCAUGGAGGAGUUGGCCAAUAUGAAAUUGGCAUGGAACAUUGUGAAAAAUUUGAGAUUUCGGAAACUAGUGUAAACAGAGGUCCAGAAAAGAUCCGACCAGAAUGCUUUGAGUUACUACGUGUACUUGGCAAAGGAGGUUAUGGAAAGGUUUUUCAAGUACGAAAAGUAACAGGAGCAAAUACUGGAAAAAUUUUUGCCAUGAAAGUUCUUAAAAAGGCGAUGAUUGUAAGGAAUGCAAAAGAUACAGCACACACAAAAGCUGAGCGUAAUAUCCUGGAGGAAGUGAAGCAUCCCUUCAUUGUAGAUUUAAUUUAUGCCUUUCAGACUGGUGGAAAACUCUACCUCAUCCUUGAGUAUCUCAGUGGAGGAGAACUAUUUAUGCAGUUAGAGAGAGAGGGAAUUUUUAUGGAAGACACAGCCUGCUUUUACUUGGCAGAGAUCUCAAUGGCUUUGGGGCACUUACAUCAAAAAGGAAUCAUCUAUCGAGAUCUGAAGCCGGAAAAUAUCAUGCUUAAUCAUCAAGGUCAUGUAAAGCUAACAGACUUCGGACUGUGUAAAGAAUCUAUUCAUGACGGAACAGUCACACACACUUUCUGUGGAACAAUAGAAUACAUGGCCCCUGAAAUCUUGAUGAGAAGUGGGCAUAAUCGUGCUGUGGACUGGUGGAGUUUGGGGGCAUUGAUGUAUGACAUGCUGACUGGAGCACCCCCAUUCACUGGGGAGAACCGAAAGAAAACCAUUGACAAGAUUCUCAAAUGUAAACUCAACUUGCCUCCCUACCUCACGCAAGAAGCCAGAGAUCUGCUUAAAAAGCUGCUAAAAAGAAAUGCUGCCUCACGUCUAGGAGCUGGUUCUGGAGAUGCUGGAGAAGUUCAGGCUCACCCUUUCUUCAGACACAUUAACUGGGAAGAGCUGCUAGCUCGGAAGGUGGAACCUCCCUUUAAACCAUUAUUGCAAUCCGAAGAGGAUGUGAGCCAGUUUGAUUCAAAGUUUACACGUCAGACACCUGUUGAUAGUCCAGAUGACUCAACUCUCAGUGAAAGUGCCAACCGGGUCUUCCUGGGGUUUACGUAUGUGGCUCCAUCCGUACUUGAAAGCGUAAAAGAGAAGUUUUCUUUUGAACCAAAAAUUCGAUCACCUCGCAGAUUCAUUGGCAGUCCUAGGACACCAGUCAGCCCUGUAAAGUUCUCCCCUGGGGAUUUCUGGGGAAGAGGUGCUUCAGCCAGUGCACCAAAUACGCAGACACCUGUGGAAUAUCCAAUGGAGACAAGUGGAAUAGAACAAAUGGAUGUGACAGUUUGUGGAGAGGCCUCAGCACCACUUCCAAUACGACAACCAAACUCUGGGCCAUAUAAAAAACAAGCCUUUCCCAUGAUUUCCAAACGGCCAGAGCACUUGCGCAUGAAUCUAUGACAACACAACCUUUUUUUUUUUCUUUUUUUAAACCCAUAAAGGUGGAAAAACAAAGAAUGGACAUAAGCCCCCUGCCAGUUUAAAUGUGAGGGCUCAUAUGGUUUACUUUUUAAAAGUGACAGUAUCAGAGUCAUUGCACAGAACGACUUGGAAAGAAAAAAACAAACACAUGGAUUUUUUUCUAUUAAUCAAUGGUGCAUAAAAAAAACUUAAGCAAAAUGGUAUUGCAGAACUUUAGGCACAUCAGCUAACUGAUUCCCAGUGACAUCAUCUCGCCUUAUCAAGGAUUUUUCAGGUUGAUAGCUUGAAACUGACAGUAUUAAGGGUAGGAUGUUGCUCCAGAAUCACUGUCUAGUCAUGAUUGUGUCAAGAAGGGUUAGCCCUUUCACUAGGCAGAGUGUGAAAUGCCUAUAAUUCUUGCGUCUGAGGAUUAAUUAGCAUGCAAGCUUGAUCCAACUGUUUCCUACAAUGGUGUGGAAUCAAAGAUGAAAGAUAAACUUAACAAUUGAUGUUUCACGUGCAAACAACUUAAUGAAUUUUUUUUAUAUAAAUAUAUAUUUUUCAAAUAGAUUUUUUGAUUCAGCUCAUUAUGGAAAGUAUCCCAAAAUUUAAAACAAUUAUUUGUUGGUGUGAAGAAAAGGUAGACUGACUGACUUCUUUUUCUUCUCCUGGUGAAACAGUACAUUGGUAAAGGAAUCAUUGUUAAUUACGUACAUGGCUAUUGGGGGUAAGAGGAGGGAGAGAAUUGUCUUAUUUGCUUACCCAGCUAAAAUAUCUAUAUCUGUAUCGCUAAGAAAAACAAAUCCUAAUCAAAUGGCAAUGCUGCUAUGUUCUAGGCUUAACUGGAAGCCAUGGGCUGCCCACACAUCCUGCAUAUUUCAUCAUUGUCUUUGGCAGACAUUUCACUGGAAAAAAUUGUCUUUCAUUUGUAUGCCAGUCAUUUGGUUCAAGACAGCUGAACAUGUUCAGAUUCUUAUCCAUCUAAACAGGUCAGGAUAAAAUCCAUCAGAAGGCAAGGGUCAGGGAAUGCAUUGCCACAGUGAACAUCUACAAGUUCAACAAGUCAUAAGUGACUAAAAGCUUUUCAACUAAUGGGUAAGAAUUAGAGGGAUUUUUGUAUGGUUUUUAUCUCGCAGUUCCACAAAAAUUAAAGUAACUUUUCUCCUGUGCUGGGGCAACAAGUUUGCUGAUUGUAUUUUAAAAAAAAAGAAAAGAGAGAGAGAGAAAAGUAUUAGAUGGCCUUUCAAUGAAUGUCUUCCACAGUGGGUCAGAACUUUAGCAACUUAAUUUAGGAAACAUGUUCUAAAGAUACUAUUUAUGUUCUUGAAAUUGUCAUUAAAUCUGUACAAAUGAUUUACAGGUACAAAGAAUAAAAUAAAGGUCACUGUACCUUACUUAAAUACUUCCUGCCUUAAAGAAAGCAUUUCCAUGAACAUAGCUGGUGAAAGGGUUAAUAUCUGCAGAGCUUUACCCUAGUUAGAGUGAGUGUAUGAUGUGCAUGUGCGUGUAAAUGAUCAUGCAACUGCAUACAAGUCCUGUCACUUUUCGCUUGUCUCACGUUGCAUUAUCUUCAGUCUGACUGUGCAAAGUCUAGUUCUGGUGUUCAUAACAGUAGGGAUCUCUAUAAAUUCUGCUUGCUCUGUGUAUAGUGAAUCUUCUUGAGCCAUAGGAUCCAAGCCAUAAAACUCUCUAAGCACGUUGAAUCCAGUCAGAGAGGCACCACCUUCUACAACUUGCAAGUCAGUAGGGUUGAAUGAAAUCUUAUUAAUCCCCCUAUAAAAUACAAAUGUCAGUACUUGACUUUUUAAUUUUCUUAUGAUUAACAAAAUUACUAUUAGCAGUUUUCUUUCUGAGGAGCCUUUGUGGUGGCCUGUUUUUCAUUUUUGUAAGGAAAAUCAAGUUAUGGUAACAUUAAAGCUCCACGAGUUUGCCAGCACCAUUGGCACAAAAAUUGUACUGGAAGAGAGUGCCAUUUUUCAUUCUUUUACGGGGCCAUUGGUGACGUGUUGUGGAACUGAGAUCAUAACCCUCAUACUCCAUACAUCUAAAGCACAUUUGCAACAGGCAUCACUGCAAGCAGUAUCUGCUUUGUGCCACUUGUUAUAGAGUUUCCAAACAUGUUUACUAAAUAUAGCAGAAGUGAUAUGAAAGACCAAAAUCCAAUGAUUUUUUUUUAAAGCCAACCAAUUAUCUCUUGCUCCUAUUUACAAGUAACAGUUGUACUCUGGCUGGCUGGAUAUAAUCAUCCAAUAGAGUUGAUUAGUAUGGCUGGCAAGAAUGGCAAGAGUUGUUUGUCAGAGUUCAUUGCUUAAUUACAUAUCCAGUUUAUUAUUUUAGAAGUAAAUUUCAUGUACUAUUAAAAAUGUUUCGUUGCCUGGACAUAAGUCUAAUACCCUACCAUAACUGUGAAACUUUUGGAGUGUGACUCAGACAGCAAGCACACACUAUGCAAUAUGGUUUAUCCUGUAUUUAUUUGUAAAAAUAUCAGACAUAGAUCUUCUUUAUAUAUAUAUACAUAUAUAUAUAUUAGUGUCAAUAUUAAUAGUCAUGAACUUUUAAGGGGAGUGGAGUUCAAACUCCUGUAUAGCUACUUCAGACAAAUGCUAGUAUACAGAGUGCAUUGAAUAUUGGAGAGCUUAACAAGUGCUUUUUUUGUUCAUUUCAAAAAUUGUCUUAAAUUUUUCUUUAGAGUAUAGAAUCUUAUUUUUAUUUUUUACAAACUGUGCUUUUUUAAUUAUAAUCACUGAACAUUUUGCUAUCAUUUGACUUUUAUAGGAUUUUUGUAGCAUUACAAAAAAUAUAGUAAAACUGAGGUUAAUAUCUGCUGUGGGUAACCAUGUAAAAGUAUUAAAUCUUAAACUUGAACCAGAUUCAAUUUUUUUUUUACUAGCUGUUAAAUUAGAGGGCUAUUUUGUUCUGCAGUUCAUUCUAGAAACUCUAAAGACUUAUAGGUUGGCUGUGUUACCAGCAUUUUUUUCUUUCCCAUUUGAUGUGGAACACUUUCAACACUUUCUCUAUAGAAGGAGUGAUACAUACAUACAUUUGAUUCCAUUAAUGUACUGAACUUUGUAAUUUUGGGAAUGCUGGAAUAAUUCCUACCGAGACUGUCUUAAUUGUGCCAUCUGACAUUUGAAUGUCAUCCUGGUAUUAGCUGGUAAUAAAAGAUAAAAAUGCGUCACUUGUUCUCUUGAAUACCCCCCCCCCUUUUUUUUUUUUAAGUGUGUAUUCCUAUAAGAAAAGCUAAACUUCUGGAGAACAGAUAUUAAUGUUUGUGUCCACUCUAAUUCUGGAGAUAUUGGUUUACUUGGGUUUAUUGUCUCCUUAAUAAAUGAGUAACUCCUGGUCUGUUAACAGUCAUGGAAGAGUGCAUAUUCAGAUCAAGAAGGAGACUGCAACUCUUUAAUAUCAGAAAACCCAAGCAUUUGUUGCCCUGUCUCUACAGCAAUAGUCUCAAGUAAUCUGUGUUCACAAAGCAAGAUACUGUGUGUUCCAUUGUUCCAGGUACUGCUACACUUAAUCUACUGGGGGGGAAAUUCCUGUUAAUCAAGAGUCUGUCCUUAUCAUGAACAGCACAAGUAUUGUCUCAAGGAAAUAAGACAUUUCUAUGCUACAUGUGUAGAUUCUUGGGGGUUGGGGGUGUGUGGUUCAUUGUGUAUUUUUACAAACUGUUCUUUUCUGCUAUAUCAAAUUGACUUUGUAUCUAUCUGUAAAACUCUUCAGCUGCCUUAUUAGGAGUGGUAUGAGGGUAAUCCCCGUUCUGCUUUUCAUUUUGUAUUUAGUUUACUGUAAUAAAAUAUACUUGAUUUCUGAAUGGAUGUAAAUAGCAAUUAAAUGCAAAUUUGAAUGAA